GCCAAGUUGACUAUAGUCAAAACCGCACAACGAGAAGUGUACCAGGAGGAAUUUGAGAGUUUGACUAAGUUUGGUAAAGUCUCACAGCGUAGCACGCUCCUGAGGCUUGACCCCUUUGUGGACAAGGAGGGUCUGUUAAGAGUUGGGGGUCGCAUUCACUGUGCUGACAUCUCUGACCUAGAGAAGCAUCCCUUGAUAAUCCCUCCCAACCAUCACGUGACUGGUCUUUUAAUUCAGCAUUAUCAUGAUCAAGUGGCUCAUCAAGGCCGGCAUUUUACUGAGGGUGCUAUACGUAGUGCUGGAUUGUGGAUAGUCAGUGGCAAAAGAUCUGUUUCAAAUAUCAUCCACAAAUGUGUGCUAUGCAAGAGACUGAGAGGUAAAGUAGAGAGUCAGAAGAUGUCGGCUUUGCCUUCAGAUAGAGUUUCUGUAGAUCCACCUUUCACCCACACAGGUCUUGAUGUUUUUGGACCAUUCACUGUGGUGACACGUAAGACAAGAGGGCAUAACGCUGAGAACAAGCGAUGGGCUGUCGUAUUCAGUUGCUUAAAUACCAGAGCAGUUCACUUAGAGGUAGUGGAGUCCCUAUCAGCGUCAAGCUUUAUUUGUGCUUUGCGUCGCUUCUUGGCUGUCAGAGGACCAGUGAAGCACUUUCGUUCUGACAGGGGGACAAAUUUCAUUGGAGCAGUCAAGGAACUUCAAAUUGACAGUAGCGGCUCAGAGUUGAAAGGCUUCUUGCAGAAUCAAGGUUGCACAUGGACCUUUAAUGCUCCACAUUCCUCCCAAAUGGGAGGAGUGUGGGAAAGAAUGAUCGGGAUUGCCAGACGUAUUCUGGAGGCUCUCUUGAUGAAAACUCCCACAAGACUCACGCAUGAGGUCUUAACAACUUUAAUGUCAGAAGUCAUGGCCAUUAUGAACUCCAGACCCUUAACCCCAAUCUCAUCAGAUGCGGGCAUGCCCCAAGUGCUUUCACCAGCAAUCCUCUUAACUCAGAAGGCGAGUGUUGCUCCAGCUCCUCCAGGAAAUUUUGAGAUAGGUCACCUGCACAAAAAUCAGUGGCGUCAAGUCCAGAUGUUGGCUGAUUCAUUCUGGAAGCAAUGGAAGCAGGAGUACUUGUCCACCUUGCAACCCAGGAGAAAAUGGACAGAGGAGAGAAAGAGUAUUCAGGAAGGAGACAUUGUUCUGUUGAAGGAUGGAGAAGCUAAGCGCAGUGAGUGGCCAAUUGGUCUCAUAGCAAAGACCAUAGCCUCAUCUGAUGGAAAAAUUCAUAAGGUUAUGGUGAAGACUGCUAAGCAGGGGUAUUCAGAGAGUACUUAA